AUGAACCACUCCGUCACCGACCUACUAGCAACCACAAACCACACCCUAACGGACUGGUACACCGGGCUGCGGUACACCCAGUUCGACGAGUGCUGUUUCCGGGGCGGCGGCAUCCGGACCAACCUCACCGUGCCACAAUUCACCGCGUCCACGCCAAAGGCCUUCGACCUGCCGUACAACAUGAGCGGGCAGGUCAUCUUCCACUGCAGCCUCAACCCGGAAGAGGCACAGCGCUACGCCGCGUUCGCGAACUGUACCGACGAGUUUGCGGUCAAUCCGACCCAGGACCUGUGGGUCAAGGGAUACCUCACGCUCCCGAACGGCACGGUGCUCGCCGCCACGCCGUCCACGGUGGGGGCCAAGCUCACUGCUGCGAGUGGCGCCGGGGUCGCGCGGGCGUCGCUCGCCAUGCUCGUGCUCUGCGCCGCCGCGGCCGUCUUAUUGUAG